CGUUGUCAUAGAGAUGUAAACUAAACAGUGAAAUGUGACUACUUUGUCCAAAUCAAAGUCUAGUUCGAACGAAAGAAAGAACAAGGAUUUUUUUAAACGAGAUAAUGGAGUAUGCUCAACCUCCCAAGAAGACCGGACUUCCUCGAGAAGUUUUGAAAUGGUUACAAAGUCUCGAUUUGUCGUUUUCUCCAAAGAAUGUGCGCAGAGACUAUUCAAAUGGCUACCUCGUUGCAGAGAUGUUUUCUUGGUAUUAUCCUGAGGAUUUCUCCCUGCAUUCGUACGACAACGGGUCAUCGUUAGCUGCCAAACUCAGCAACUGGGCCCAAAUAGAAAGGUUUUUGACAAGGCAGCACAUCAAUCUCCCUAAACAAAUAAUUGACAGCACCAUACACUGCAAGCCAGGAGCGGCAGAACUUCUGGUUCAGGAGAUCUACAGCAUCCUGACCAACAGACGGCUGAAAACCUGGUUCAGAGAUGAGGUGGACUUCUCAGACCGCAGUUACCAGGACCAGCUGCCCAUGGUUGCACGCUCCACAGCCUCCAAGGCCAUUAAGAACAACCUGCCCUUGUCUGAGAUGAUUGCAGAGCCCAACAUCAGCACCAUUCAGAGAAAGAUCCAGCACAUCGUACAGUGCCACCUAGAGUGCAGGAGGCAGGAGCGUCUGCAGGAUCCGAAGCGCUUUGGGGUGAAACCCACCCUUGGGGAACGUACGGCUCGCCCUUCUUCGGCCAGCGCCUCCAGAGAGGGUCCAGGCUCUGUCUUCGCCUGCUGCACAGAUUCCACAGGCCCAACUUUCAGAAGCAAGACAUGUGUCCACUUCAAGGAGAUGGAUUGCCGUUGCCAGUCAUCCAGAACCCUCUCCAACUGAAGGCAGGUGUGGAGCACAGAAGUGAUCUCACUAAGAGGACACAGAACUAAACUCUCAGAAUAAUAAAUACAAUCACUAUCACAAUACAGGACCAAUCAUAAGCA